AGUUGGAGCAGAUUCGUAUUGACUUUCUAUUUAUUCAUGUACAAUUUUAAUGAUCAACUAUAAUAUUAUAAAGAUAAUAAAUACAUUUUUAUCUUAAAAUAGUUUUACAAAGCUUUUAUAGAAAAUUGUUAUUUUUGUUUUGAAAGGACUCCAGCCAAAUUCCGGUGUCAUGAGCAACUGAGCGACUUCCAUAAGGUUUUAACAUUUGCUCGUGUCAUUCUUAGACUGCAAAAGGCUUCCAUAUGAUGGCGGCCCGUGUGCUGUGUCGGCACGGUUGCAGGGUGAGCUCCAUCCGUGGGUUUAGAAAGAAAUACUCCCAGGCUCAACAUGUGAACGUCAAACUAAAAGAGGAGACUGAUCAUCAGGAGGAGGAGAAAACGUCACGGGAAAUUAAUUUUCAAGCCCAGUACAGACUUUAUUACAAUCCUGCAUCAUAUUACGACUCCUCAAGGAACUCUGCAAAUUCCCACAGUCAGACAGAGAACCAUAAGGAAGAACAAAGUCUCUCUGAUGUUUUACCUCCUUUUCGGCAACAGAGCAAUCGAUAUAGUGUGAGUUGCUCACGGCACCUUUCAAGCUCAAACAAACUUCUUGAUCUAGCUUUCAAUAAAUCCACUGACCCGGACAAAACUUCCGUGCUGCAAUUUCAUAAAAGGACAAUAUCACCAGAUGUUAAAGUAAAUCCACGUGCUUUCUUCAAAGUCCGGACAGAAUACGCAUCCCUGAGUCUUGACCUCACCCAGCGUCCGGAUCCGAUUGAGUGGGUCGAGGUGCUGCCUGUCCUUCAAAAAGUGUCUUUGUUAAAGGGAAAGAUGAAACCGUCCGGCGUGUCCCAGUUUCUGGUGGAACUCAGCAGGUUGGACGUCGACAAGAUGCCACUGCUGCGAAGUGACCAGCGCUUUCUGAUGCUGCUCCGACAUUCUGUGGAGCACCUUCGGCUCUUUUCCCUCCCCGAGCUGCUGGAGGUGCUGCGGUCGUUUGUGUGGCUGGAGAUGCCCUCCUCUCAUCCCAUUUUUGAGACCUACGAGGAGGAGCUGAGCCGGCGGGCCAAGCAGAUGACUUUGCAGGAGUUGUUGUUUGCAGCUGACUUGUGGCGCUGCAUCGGGAGGCAGGUGCCGCAGUUCUUGGAGCACCUGUAUGCUUCAGUCCACCUCCAUCUGGGUCAGAUCCGAGUCCCUGAACUGGUGCAGCUUUUUUAUAUAGUAGGUGAAGGGAGAUCCUGCCCAAAAGAGUUAGUUCGGCCAUUAGAGCAUCUUCUUAUGCAUCAUUUGAAUCUGUUGCAUCCCGAGGAGGUCGGCACGGUCUGCUUAGGCCUUUUCAAAUCCCAAACUUCAGUUUCUGAAAGCACGGUGACUCGUAUUGUUGACAGGGCUCUGUCUUUGGUGAGUGAGAUGAGCGACUUCGGGAUCGUGAACGUGCUGAAGUACAUGCGCUUCAGCUAUCUUUUUCAUAAGGCAUGGCUGGAUGCCAUGGCGCAGGAAAUUCCCCGUCGGAGUCACAGGAUGGGCGUUCAAGGACUGAUGCACGUGACAUUAACCUGCUCGGCUCUUCAUUACCGCAAUGAUGGAAUCCUGUCUGCUGUGGCUGAGAGGAUUCCUUCCCUGGCGCCGCACUGCAGGAGCAAAGACUCCUGCAAAUUACUUUGGGCUUUUGGCUCUUUGGGGUUUCUCCCAACUCAGAGUCCAAGUUUCUACCCGAGUUUAACAGAAGCCCUGAGGCAGAGGAAAGCCGAGUUUCAGCGGUACCCAGAGCAUCUGCUCACAGGUCUACUAGGCUUAGUGUUCAUCUCUCAAUUCCCAGAGGAGCUGGUUGCAUUAGCUUUAAGCCCCGAAUUUGUCAACUUAGCAUUGAAACGCUCCCAGCUGGAGCUGAAAAAGGACCUGCUGACUUUAGACGGAGCCGUGGCUCUGGAGCUGCCCCAGUGGACCGGCCCCCGAUUGAGCUGUGAACUCAGGGAAGAGGUGGCAGAAAUGUUGUGGGAGUUUGCACAGUCAGACGUGUGCCAGAAACCUGAAGUAGUUGAGGCAGAAUCUGCCCUGCAGGAUCUGCUGGGGGGAGAGCAGUUUGUGUGUAAGCGGAUGAUCCUUCCUCACACUCGCUCCAUCGACCUGGAAGUACACCUGGACUCCACUGGACAGCCUCUACCUGUCCACCCACCAUGCUCGACACAUAAAUCCGCUCCCCCCUCUCAUCAAGGGUGGGAGAAGCUAAACACAGGAAUAACCAUCACUGACGAUCUCAUCGCACAGUUGUGUAAUUUAAAAAACCCGGCACGUUCUUCUGCAAUCAAGGCUCCAUCUCUGCAGAGAUUUCUGCCUGAUGAAGGUGAAAAAGUGUUCGAGUCCGUGCUGGACUUGACAAGCGGUAUCAUAGAGAAACCUGUCAAGCCCAUCUCAGCUCUCCAGGACUUGAAACGCUCUGUUAAGGUAGCUAUCCAGGUUCCGACCCGGAAUCACUACUUCACACAGUCGCAGCAGCUGCUCGGCCUUCACGCCAUGAAGAGGAGACACCUGAAGAUGGCAGGAUUCAAGGUGGUGGAGCUGGGCUUUCACGAGUGGUCUCAAAUGCUCAGGAAGAGCAGGACGGAGAAGCUGGCGUAUCUUCACUGCAAAAUCUACGACUGUCUGUAGGAAUCCUUCCACUAAAGAAAAAAACAACUUCUGACUGUUGUCAAAUCUCCUGUUUUUAUAAAAAAAAACAUUCAUGGUCAAAUCGAUGACUGUUUGAAAUGCUGAACACUUUUGUAUUUGUCAAAAUGUAAAAAUGCAAAUUGUACAGACACAAAGAUUAAAAAGAUUUUCUUGUUUUUGAGUAA